CCAAAACGGAUCCCAUCGGCACAAGAAAAGUCGUGUUCACGAUAAAUACCCAAUUCCUUUUCACUCUCCUAAUCAAUCGUUCCUCCAGACCCACCACCAACAUCCAUCGUUGAAGAAUGGCUCGUACCAAGCAGACUGCUCGCAAAUCCACUGGAGGGAAGGCCCCUAGGAAGCAACUUGCCACCAAGGCUGCUCGUAAGUCUGCUCCAACCACAGGAGGUGUGAAGAAGCCUCACAGAUACAGACCUGGAACUGUCGCCCUUCGUGAAAUCCGCAAGUAUCAGAAGAGUACAGAACUGUUGAUUAGGAAGCUACCUUUCCAGAGGCUUGUUCGCGAGAUAGCUCAGGACUUCAAGACUGAUCUGCGGUUCCAGAGCCAUGCGGUGUUGGCAUUGCAGGAGGCAGCUGAAGCAUAUCUAGUGGGGUUGUUUGAAGACACGAAUCUGUGUGCGAUUCAUGCCAAGCGUGUGACGAUUAUGCCGAAAGAUAUUCAGCUGGCUAGGCGCAUUAGGGGGGAGAGGGCUUAAUUGAUUGAUGCGUUUGGUAGAUGGAUGGAUGGUUAAAUAAGAGUUCUAGUUUCUAUGUUGUGUGUAUACUGUAAACUGCCAUAUGUGUUUGUUUCUUGAAUCAUCCAAGGAAGCUAUGCUUAUGUUUCUUGCAUA